AAUUUUGCGGGUAUCAACCGCUGACGCACCCGGAUCGUACGAAUACAUACGUACGCGCUAAUUUAAUCGUACAGUGUACACUAUUUGGUACGUAUGCCAUACGCGUGUACAUGUGCAGGAGCGAGAUUCCCGCCGUUUCCGCGUGUGCGUGGUAGUCGGACACGUCGGACGGAUCCCCGAUAUGACGCACGUGUGCUAGACCCGAGAGGAGUGUGUUGGUGCGCGAGCGGGACGCCGGGCCGGUGAUUGGUCGACGGGAAUGCGUGCCGCUACGGCGUUCCGUGUUUCGUGUUUCCGCCGGAGAGCGCGCAGUGCGCGCAGUGCGCUCCCCACCGCGUGUGCGCCGUAGUGUGUAACCCCCGCACGUCCGCCAUCUUUGUCAAGUGGGUAACUUUUGUUGAUUUGUGUGAAAUGUGACGCCGUUGUCGCGAGAUAAUUGGUGAUCGUGAUUACGUAUCCCAGUGCGUCGAUACCCGGUGGAUCUGUUUCCCGCGUCGUGUUGUGUGGAUUUAUCGAUGGGAUUGCCGUAUUCAGGGUCAGCGCAAUAGCCCGCGGUGAGAACGUGAGAAGAGACGCUGAAGGCUAGCAUCUAAGCUGAGAAACCGGAGAAUUCGCAGCAGGAUGUAAACAUCGCUGCCGAUUGUGACGUCGCCUAUCGGCAGGAGGAGGAGGAGGAAGCACUGGCCGUGACUUCGUCGUCGUCGUCGUCGCCGUCCGCGCCGUUCGCGCCGCUGACGGAGACGCGAUGGACGAGGUUGAGUCGCCCGAGACGUGGUCGGCCUGGUUUCUGGACGCGAUUCGAAAGAUCCGCAGCCAGAAACAGCGGCCGAGCGUCGAACGAAUAUGCCACGCCAUACGGCAGCAUCACAAUUAUCACGAGGAGGAGAUCGCCGAGCAUCUGGAGGUCGCCGUGAAGCGCGGCGAUGUGCUGAAAAUCUUCAACAAGGGCCAGUCCUCGUACAAGGACCCGGGCGGUUUGCAGUCCAAGACGCUCAAGGUUACCAAGUCGACGGACAUCAGCAAGGUCAUAGGCAAGGCUGUGCGCGAGCUCGGCGAGCGCGACGGCUCGAGCUUGAAGAACAUCGAAAAGUACAUCAGGCAAAGUCAUACCGUCGAGGAGGAGGCCGAGGGCGAUCUUAGGGUCGCGCUCAGGCUGUCCGCCAAGCGAGCGGUGGAACGAAACCUGGUAAUCCAGGAUGGCAAGCUCCUGCGACAACCCGACAGGCCGCCGUACGUCAAGAAGUUAACCGAUGCCGCUCAUGCGCCGCCCGCGGAGCCGCCCGCGCCCAAGAUGCCGGCGCCGCUACCGAUAUGCAAAGAGUGCCUCGGUGCCACGGUGGCUGGCAAUAACAACAACACCAAACGCAACGAAAAGCUGAGCAGGUGCAGCGUCUGUGGAGCAGCGUUGCACAAUUCUUGCGCGCCCCCGGAACUAUCGAUACUUGUUGAUCGAGGGAUAACUUGGUCCUGCGAUAACUGUUCGCCGAUCUGCGCCGGUUGUCAGUUGGAACGAGAAUCGCAGAAUUACCUUGUCAAAUGCUCCGGUUGCGUGAAUUGUUAUCAUCCCGCCUGUCUCGACCCCGUCCUCGAUAAGAAGAAUAAAAUGCCCUGGAAGUGUCGACACUGUCAAACGGCGCAUACGCCGGUAAACAAGGAUGAUGGUAAGCGGGGCAAGGCGCAGGAUGCGAAUUCGUCCGACGACACACCGAGCGUGAGGAAGAGGCUCAGCAAGUUACGCGAAAAUCGAAAAUCGAUGGUAUCCAGAAAAUGCUUGGCAAACGCAUAUCCCGGCAAAAAGAGCGGUACGGGAGUGGCUCAGGUGGACAGCAGCACGGACGGUAAUGCGGGUGUUGUCCCCCCUCGUCAACCACCUUUGACUUCCUUUCCUUUACCACAACCCCCCACCCCACUCGCAGGCCAGGGUAGGCUGCUCGAGGAAAAGAAUGACAGGAUCUCCAAGGAGAAGCAAAAGUUCUUUAGAUUGAGUGCGUUUAACGCUGAGCACAGUAAAUUGAAGCGGGUGGGGGGCGGUGAUAAAUCUAGGCCCUCGCGGAACGUUAGCGCUAGGUCAACUCGGGGUGCUACCGCGAAUUCGAAGAAAGUCGGAACGUCACGAAUGUCUAGCAACAAUAGCAGCAGCAGCAGCAGUAGCAGUAGUAGCGAAGCCGGUAAUAAUAGUAGCGAGAGUUCUGAGGGUAGCGACAGUAGCGAUGAGGAGCAGGAUGUAGACGAGGAGGAUAAUAGCUCGAGCGAGAGUAGCGAUUCCUCCUUGUUGGACGAAAGCCAGGAGAGGAGACUCGAAUCUCCCAAGGCAAAGGCACUAUUUAUGUGUGACUUAAAUGAGGACAAACCAUGGGGUUUUGCCGCCGCCGCCGCCAAGCUAAAUGUUGAGUCGCCAUUUUUUAGCGGUAUCACAAACACUUUUGGCGCACCUUUACCUAAACUUGAUGUGAGCGACACUCCGACUUUUGGCUUGCACAUACAACAACCCGCUGCUACCGCCAAUUCGUCGGAUAAUAAAAAGAAAGAUAAAAAUGUCGCACAAACAUCGGUUGGCUUUGCGAAUGCGGAUAACAAAGUCAAGCCCGGGAGUGGUCAAUUGAGGAGCCUUUUCGAUGGCUUGAGUCACUUUUUUUCAGCACCUGCAAACAGCAGGGCAAGAUCGGCUGGUGUACCGGCGCCAAAUUACGCGCCAGACCGGAGGAAAAGGCCUAAUACGAAUGAUACCUCUAAAACGAACAAAAUCCCAAGGAGCACGCAAAGAAACAAAUCGGAUGAUUUACCUAGCACGAGUAAACUCAAGGAUCGAAAAAAGACUGAAAUUCUCGCUGAGAUAUCGAGAGUACCGAAACCUGGUAUCUUUGUACCUUCCGACGAGAGCGUGUUCAACUCGCUUAGCGAAGAAAAAUUACCGAGGAUGACGCCUUCGGGUCUGGUGAAAACCGCGGUGAAUAGUAAAAGGCACGAGCAUGAGAGGAGAAAGUUGAUGCGAGAUGAUGCGUCAUCGCUCGUAAAAUGCGCCGCCGCGGAUUCGUCUUCACCGUCAGCGUCAUCGUCGAGACACGAGCAACAGCACCAGCAAUUGCGUAAGAAGCAAACUGCUGUGGAUCCAAAUAUGCAGAUACGCCACCCUGUGCCCGCCGUUGCGAAAUCCUUAGACCUCGGCUCCGAUUCCUCCGUCAAAUCAAAUCCCAACCUAAAAUCCACUCCACGAGCCUGUACUAGCGCCACCACUACCAACACCACCACGACACCCCGCGCGACACCCUGCUCCACCAGGAAGGAAGAACCAGUCGUACCGCAAACGUUGCCGCCAGGUGUUACGCAAAAGGACGUGGAUCUAAUCAAAGAAGCCCGUGAGAGAGCUCAGUUGACCGUUAGCAGCGACGAAAGCGAACAACCAUUGUGCGUCAAUACACCGAACGCGUCCGGCACCGCACCGCGCAAUCCCGCCGCAAUAGUAUUUGGUCGCUAUGAGGUAGAGACAUGGUAUUCGAGUCCGUUUCCUCAAGAAUAUGCGCGAUUGCCGAAGUUGUUCUUUUGCGAAUUCUGUCUUAAAUAUACGAAAAGUCGAGCCGUGUUGGAUAGGCAUAUGGACAAAUGUCAAUGGAGGCAUCCACCCGCUACCGAGAUUUAUAGGUGCAACGGAUUGUCUGUAUUCGAGAUCGAUGGUAACGUAAACAAGAUAUAUUGUCAAAAUUUGUGUCUGCUAGCAAAGUUAUUUUUGGAUCAUAAAACUCUCUAUUACGACGUAGAACCGUUUCUCUUCUACGCCAUGACGAAAAACGACAAAUAUGGUUGCCAUUUGAUCGGUUACUUCAGCAAGGAAAAACAUUGUCCGGCUCAGAGGUACAACGUGUCCUGUAUUAUGACGCUACCGCAAUAUCAGCGACAGGGUUUCGGCAGGUUUCUCAUAGAAUUCAGUUAUCUAUUGUCCAAAGUCGAGGGCAUACCGGGAACACCAGAGAAACCGCUCUCGGAUCUCGGUCGAGUAUCGUAUCAUUCUUUUUGGAAGAGUGUGGUGCUCGAAUACCUGGAUGCGCAUCGAAAUGCUGUUGACAUCAAACUCGGUGACAUUACAAAGAUGACUGGCGUAUCGGCGCAUGACAUCGCCACUGCGAUGCAACUGCUCGGAUUCAUAAGAUCGGUUCACUUGCCAGGCGACGGAAAUAUUAAUAAGGUAGCUGUGGUAGUCGAUUGGAGCAAGGUGGAUGCUCACAUGGCAAAAGUACGAAAAAGUUCUCGCAUCAAAUUAGACCCCGAUUGCCUCAGAUGGAUACCAUUGCUCACACAAAUUCCUAAUCCCUAUCAGAGCCCAGAAGAAAGCGGUUCGGAGAUAUCUCCUACGGUAGAGCCUAAGCCCGUGCCAGCGGUCGUCGAAAAGAUACAAAGAGUAAAAAUAAAGAAGAAACCCAGGGGGAGAAGAACGAGUCAGAGAAGAUUGACGCCUUUGAAACCGAAAACUUUGCAGAAGACUACAACAUCUCACAAGUAUGCGACCAAAGAGGAAAAGAAUAGUAAAGAUACAAAGGAAGUUAAGGUGACGAAAGAAUUGAGAGAGCCGAAGACAUCUGUAAGGGAAACCCGUAAUGCCGAAAGUGCGGAGAGUCGGAAAGACGCAGGAGCGGAAACUAAAAACGUGACAUCUACACCGAGAAAUUCGCGCACUGCUAGUUCAGCAAAAAAUACUCCAUCGACUCCACCGAAACCAGUGCAGAUAAUGACAAUGUCGAGGAGAAGGAUUAGACCACCCAAGACGCUUAUAUCCGAAUCGGUUAUUACUCCUUUGAGAAAACGAAAACAUUCCGAGAAGACUGAAAUCGAAGAAGAGAAGCUGGAAGUCAGCAGUAGAAAAAGGACGCGAGAAUCUCUGAGGGAAAAAGAAAAGGAGAAAGAGCGAGAAACGCAACGUGAGCGCGAAAAAGAAAAGGAGAAAGUGAAAGAAAAGGAUAAUAAAGUAAAGGAAAAAGAUUGUGCGAAAGAAACAUCGGUAGAAACAAGGAAGACACCUCCCAAAUUGGACUCGGCAGCUAGUCCACCCAAACCGGCGAAGAAGCAGUGUAAAGUGGACGAUAUUUUACUGAAGGUUACUAGCAGACAAACUAAAUAUUUGCAAGCGAAGGAAAAGAAAGCACUGGAGGAGACGAUACAAUGUAAUGGUAAAGAGGAAACGCGAGAUGUCAAGAACUUGCCAUUGUCCAGGCGGGGUAGAGGUAAAGCAACGGUGGAGGCUUUGAAAAUGCCACAACUUACGCCAGAAUCUCCGAGCGCGAAAAACCGAGCUGAGAGUCCUGUGAUACCACCCCCCUCGUUAUCUCCACCGCCUGAAUCCGUAAAAAAUUCUCCGCCUCGAAGUAAACAACCGUCUGUGCCCGAAUCACCUCCUGCAAAGCACUUUAGUAACGGAGAUAACAAAAGUGAAAACAUAGAAGACAACGGAUUGCCCGUUCCCACGGAAACGGAGGUGGUAUCUGCGAGUUCCGGCGAAUACGAGGGUGGCGAUGAGGAUGAAGGAGAGGAAGAAGAAACAGUCGCACCAACGCCUAAACUCGUGACGCAAUCAGCCUCACCUGAUACGGAAAACCCCGCGAAAGACUCAUGCGAGAAUGAAAAAACGGAUAAUAAGUUGCAGGAGAAGAACAACGAUGAAAGUUCAUCACAGAAAGCGGAAUCGGAUCCACCGCUAACAGUUGGCGACGAUCAGAUUGAAGAAACUUUAAACGAAUGUGAUAAAGACUUCGAAACUGACAAACGUCCUGUUUGCAGUCCGGAGACAUCGAAAUCAGUACCUGAACCAGUUGCUUCACCAAAAGAGGAAGAAGUCGAGAAAUCGGAGAAUAUACCAGAAAAGGAUAAUCGUGAUAGUCCUUCUAAAGAGAAGAUUGUUUGCGAAACGUCGAAAGACGUCGCAAAAAUCGAUUUGUCGCGACCGAAAGUAGAACCUUCCCCCGUGGAGAAAAAGGACACGUGCACUCUCGGUGCUAACACGGUGCUGACGUCAGAUACCGAACCGCUUACGUUGCAAGAGAAAAUAUUACCUACCGUGGAACAUCAGGAUACGACCUUACAAUUACAGAGUCAGGGAGAGGAGUUGAAACAGCACUCGCCCGAGAGCGGCAAGACAACACCGCAUCUGGAGAAUCCAGGUUCGGUGAAGAGAACACCACCGUCACAACCGGACUUGCCAUCUAUGGGAGUUUAUACGCCGGACUCUACAACUAAUUCCGUGCACUCGCUGCAUUACGGUCAAUGCGAUCUGGACGUUAGUCAAUUGGGCUUAGAAUCGCCCACUUCUAUAGCUAGUGAUCUCGCAUCGCAAAACAGUGUGGAAAGGCCGCCCAGCGCUUUACCAUCGAUUCCGCCACCUGUUAGCGUGCCUAUCUCGGUACCUAUGCAAAUCGCAACAUCGGUGACUUCAACACCAGUGCCACCGGUGAAUAUGCCGCCGCAGGUGCAGUACGCCACUGACUGUAGUUCAAUAUCGCAGCACACGCCGCCCGCGCAUCAUCCGGGGCUUCACUCGAUGCAUCAAUCGCAAUCUCUUCAACAACCGCGUACUCCGCAAUCGCACACUCCGCAGAGUAUACCGACGCAGAGUCCGCAGCCGCUUCCGCAGAGCCACACGCCGCAACCGUUGCCGCAAUCUCACACGCCGCAGAGUAUACCGACGCAGAGUCCGCAACCGCUGCCGCAGAGCCAUACGCCGCAGCCCUUGCCCCAAUCGCACACGCCGCAACCGAUGCAACUGUCGCUGACGCAGAAUCAAAAUAUGGCGCAUAGUCAGUCUCAGCAGACUCAAUCGCAACAACAGUCGCAGCAGCAGCAGCAGCAACAAUCUGCGCACCAACAACAGCAACAAUCGCAACAGCAACAGCAGCAGCAACAGCAGCAGCCACCGCAACAGUCUCAAUCGCAUAGCAAACGAGCUAGCGGUUCGCAAACCACUCACAGAUCCAGAUCGACACAGCAGAGUAGCAGGUCACAUCGGGCCACUCCGCCGACGUCUCACGCUACGCAAGCCUCCCAACAUAGUGCCGCGACGUCGCAGACCAGCCACAGCAGCAGUGUGACGCAUGUUGCGGUGCCGCAAUACCAACAGUCGCCAUCAUCGAUGAGCGUGCCACCGCAUCCACAUUCGCACACCCCGCAUGCCGCGCACUCGCACAACAUGGCUGUGAUUUCGCAGAGCAAUUACAUGGCGGUAGCGGGCUCGCAGGGCUUCCCUACGCAGAAUACCUACGUGAUCCAGCAUCGAAGCGGUCGUUCCGGCGCACCGACUCCUUGCACUACCGCUACCAACUUUUACAUACAAACCAGCGCGAUGCCGCCGCAUUCGCACACUCCAGCGCCGACGCCACUCUCCGCCUCCGGCGGCAGUCAUCAAACUACCAACUCGUGCAGCCUGGCCAAGCUGCAGCAACUGACAAAUGGUCUAGAUAUGAUAUCGCCCACGCCACCGCCGGCGAUGAACCUUACGCCUCCGCCGCCGAUCCCGCAUACCAUGACACCGCCGCAAACAUCGCGGCAGCUGCCAACGCCGCCUCAAGUGCCGCUUGGCUAUGCGAAGAAUUAUUACAACGUCAAUACUGUACCUCCCGGCACACCCGGACCACCCAGUCGAUCCGCCUCGCGAUCGUCAGCGAACGCCAAUAUGCCCUCGCUCACGCAGCCGUAUCCCAGCGAGAGUCUUUAUCGACAGACUCUCGAUCCAAGUGGCACCUGUCCGCAAAUGCAGAGCGCAGCAAGCCGUGUCAGCCCGAACGUUGCCCUCAACACGAAUCUCAUGGCAGCCGCUCAGUAUGGCUAUCGCGUGGCGCAACCGGCUACCGGUUAUAUGAACCAAGCGGCGCAACUCGGCGGCUUCAUGAAUCAAGCGAGCCAGCUGCCAGUCGGCGUGGUAAAUGUGCCGACAUAUCCGCAGGACCCGCAUCAACAGAAUCCGACGGCAGUCUACACUACGUACCACGGUUACAUCAACGGUGGUCUCAUGCAACCCCUCAACAGCACCAUGAGGCCACGCUAGCCGUCGCGCUCGUCGUCCCCCAUCGUUACGUCAAUCUCCUCCGACGUUCGACGGGCGAACAAAACUUCUUCACGCGACAAGUUAAUGCUCUCUUCGAUACGAUCGCCGAUGGGAAAUCGACCUUCUACCACCAUGUGAUCGACGCUGUGAACUCUUAUCUUCUCGAUCACUCGUUGCUUCUAUCGAUUCUGUCCGCCAGCCAGUCUGCUAUAACUCUUUUUCUCUUUAUUAUCUCUUUAUAUUCUUUAUAUUCUGCCUCGUUUGCAACUUUCUUUUGUCAAUUUAGGAAACAUGAAACCUCCAAAAGAGAAGGUACUCAUUUCUGAAAUUUACUGACAAGAAUGCUGCAUUGACAGUGAGUCAGUGCGGUGAUUUGCGAGAAAGCUAAAUACUUGAGUAGAAACAGAAUAGAAUAAAAACAUUCUGUUAGACGCAAUCUCUUUGUCAGAUUACAGAUACAAUUAUAUUUUAUUUUUUAUCGCAUCUUAAAAUAUAUUCGCGAAUAAAAUGU